AUGUCUGAUGAUGAGGAUGAAGCUUAUGAAGAUGAACAACUAUCUGAUGACCAGUUGAUAAAGCGCUCCAGUUUACCAACGACAUCUACUACAACAACGACAAACACUUCUUCCCCGUCAUCUGGUACAAACAAGCGAAAGACUACUGGCUUUGUUGAGACAUCACCAAGCAAAUUACUAAGGACAACUAAGCCAUCAAAGAGCACCAAGGAGGAUAUCAUAACAAAGCCAAGUGUUAUUACCAGAUCAAGCAGCAACAACAACAACAACAACAACAACAACAGCAGUAACAAGAAGGUUCAAAAAAAGGUCACCAUUGUCAUAAGUGGAAACAACAAGAACAAUAACAAUUACAAGUCCGCCAAACCGAAUGACACUGGAGGACCAACAGUGAUCAGCAAGUCAAAAGCAUUGCCAAUCAAUUAUGAUGAACCCUUAUCCCCCGACUUUCCCGUCUUCUCUCCUGAUUCUCCAGUACCCACACAAGACUCCUUAUCAGUUGGCUCACCAGUUGAUCAAGACCUUCAUCCAUCCUCUGGCACUCCAUCAACAUCAUCCAAGGCAUCAAAGAAUGACAAACACGAAAAAGACGACAUUGAUGACAUUGGCAAAGACGACAUUGGUAACAAAGAGAACGUCAAUGAUAAAGAUAAACAAGUUGGCAAAGACAAGGAAGAGGAACUUUCAACAGCAUCUCAAAGUAUCAUUGGUAGUGGUUGUGAGAUCUCACCAGAGACUACUACCACCCCGCCACAACCAGUCAUUCUAAACAAUGUAGACCGAAUCCAAUCAGAUGGAAUGACAUCACUCAGAUUCUUCAAACGAUAUGCCGUUGGCUCACUGCCAGUCAUUGUCAAUGGCAUGCCACGCUCAUGGUCAAUGCCUCAAAAGAAGGAGUUCAUUGCCCAGUGUCCAAAGAACAAGGUCACAUGGUACACAUACUUUGGCAAUGGCAAGAGUCAAUCCGGACCACUCUCCUCCUUUAUCAAGGCGGCAUCACCUGAACUAUGUUGUCACAAGAUACGCUAUCAACGCCCAACCAACUGGCAGGUUCCCGUGUGGCAAAUGGAAGGACCAAACACAGGCCAGCUCAAUUACUUUGAAACUACUGGAUGUUCAAACAAAACCAAAUCAAUGUUGGUAGUUUGGAAGCCUGGAUUGGCAAUAUCAUUGAGAUGUAGACUGUAUGAUACAACAAUCACACUGCUUCAUGGAAGCUAUCGAGUGUUGUUAUUGCCACCCAGCGCUGGAAUAUCAAACAAAUCACUGAGCAAUCAACAUGUUCACCGCCAACUAGACGAGUUGGCGCCAAUCAACUACGAGUUUGUUGAACAAAACCAAGGAAUGGUGACCACGAUCGACAAGCAAGGUCAAACAUUGUUCAUACCAUCUGGAUGGUACUUCCAAAUCGAAGCCCUAGAGCUUGGCGCAACUACAUUCAUUGGCAAAUCAAUAUACCAUCACAACCUCAUUGCCUAUGUAUUUGAGACAAAGACAUUGAAUAGACUAUCAUUCCUCACGGCCAUUGUAGAGGACUACAAGCUGAGAGUACAGUUCAUGAAGGAACAGAAGGACCAACUGCGCAGUCCAUACCUACCGAUUGGUGUUAGCAAGGAGACAGAGUACUCGGUUAGACUCAACAACGAUCCCAUCUCAUCCGUGUCACUGUUGCAAGCCGAGGGUGUUGACCUGAUGCGUACACUCAAGAGAUGUAGCACGACCAAGGUUGUCGAGGACAAGGCUGGCUUCGAUGAGCUAAUGGCAAAGAUGCCUCCACUCUUUGACAAGUUGGUCAAGAUCAUGUUUAUUAUCUCCAAUGUAAAUACACCUUAA